AUGGCGCCCUUGUCCCUGCCCCUGGUGUCUUUGGUGAAGGCCCGGGACGUAUGGCGGGGGGCGAGCGUCUUGUGUGGGCUUUUACAGGAGCCGACUGUUCACUCCUGUUCGUGUUUAUGGACGCGGCGUUUCAGAUCGCUGUCCCGAGGAGGCGAUCAACUUGUGUCCCAGCCGCGAAAAGCCGUCAGACAGGCACAGGCAGCAUCUCUGUGUUGCAGCCCCACCAUAGACGGCCAGGAGACGGGCCAGAGGUUGUGGGAGAUCUAUAACCAUACAAAGAAACUGACAAAAGGCUUGGUACCAGAUAUUGCCUCCACUGAUCCGGACACUAUAUUUGCCAACAAUGAGAUGAGCCUCGGAGACAUUGAGAUCUAUGGUUUUGACUAUGACUACACUCUGGCCUUUUACUCGAGACUCCUGCACACCUUAAUCUUCAACAUAGCAAGAGAUAUACUCAUCACCCAGCACAGGUACCCUGAAGGACUACGGGAGUAUGAAUAUAUUCCUGAUUUUGCUGUAAGAGGACUGCACUAUGAUGUGCAAAAGGCUCUCCUUAUGAAAAUAGAUGCUUUCCACUACAUACAAUUGGGAACUGUAUACAGGGGUCUUAAUCCUGUGCCAGACCAGGAAGUAAUCGCCAUGUAUGAAGGCUGCCAUGUUCCUCUGGACAUCAUGAGCGACUUCUAUGGAAAGAGCAUACAUGGUCACACCAUGAAACAGUUUAUGGACAUAUUCUCUCUUCCGGAAAUGACCCUGCUGUCCUGUGUCAAUGACUUUUUCAUGAAGCACAAUAUCGACUACGAGCCAGUUCACCUCUACAAAGAUGUCAAGGAAGCUAUUCGAGAUGUUCACGUGAAGGGCAUCAUGUACAGAGUGGUGGAAGCAGACAUCGACAAAUACAUUUGCUAUGGCGAGGAGAGCCACGCCGUGCUCAGGAAGCUGUCGGAGCUCGGGAAAAAGAUGUUCCUCAUUACCAACAGCCCCUUUGACUUUGUGAACCGAGGGAUGAACUACAUCGUGGGGAAAGACUGGAGAGAUCUGUUCGAUAUCGUCAUAGUGCAGGCUGAUAAACCCGGCUUUUUCAACGACAGGAGAAAGCCAUUCAGGAGGGUGACGGAUAAAGGUGCCCUGCUGUGGGAUCGGAUCCACAAGUUGGAGAAAGGGCAGAUUUACAAGCAGGGAAACCUUUAUGAGUUCUUGCGGCUCACUGGCUGGAGAGGAUCCAAAGUGCUCUACUUUGGUGACCACAUUUACAGCGACUUAGCGGAUUUAACACUGAAGCACGGCUGGAGGACAGGUGCCAUUAUCCCCGAGCUGAGGAAAGAGAUUAAAAUGAUGAACACAGAAGAGUACGUGCACAUGACGACCUGGCUGCAGGCGCUCACCGGCCUCAUAGAGCAGAUGCAGGUACAUCGGGAUCCGGUGUCUCAGGCUGUUGUCCAGGAGUGGAUCCAAGAGAGGGAAGCCAUGAGGCCCCAGACAAAGAACUUCUUCAACGCUCAGUUCGGAAGCCUGUUCCGGACGUACCACAACCCCACGUACUUCUCUCGCCGUCUCUCCCGUUUCGCCGACAUCUACAUGGCGUCCAUCAGCUGCCUUCUCAACUACGACCUCACGCACACCUUUUUCCCCCGCCGCACACCGCUGCAGCACGAGUCCACCUUCUGGCCUCCACAACGACCCGACCGCGUUACUGAAGAGCCGUGA